AUGAAAGGCGCGCUGGUGGAGGUCGUCUUGCAGAGAGAGACGUCUUCCUCGGCCCACGCAGGCCCCCCCAGCCCCCCCGCCACGGUGACGGUGGACGAGCUGACGGACAGCACGGCCCAGCUGACCUGGAGCCCCGCCCAGGAGCACGGCAGCCCCGUGACCCUGUACCUCAUCCAGACCCGGAACCCCUACAGCGUGGGCUGGACCCGGGUCAGCACCGUCCCUGAGGUGAUUGACGGCAGCACCCUGACGGCCACGGUGGUGGAGCUCAACUCCUGGGUGGAGUACGAGUUCAGGGUGCUGGCCAGGAACAGCGUCGGGGUGGGGGCCCCGAGCCCCGUCAGCAGCAAGACCAGGACGGAGGACGCAGUCCCCGACGCCGCGCCGCUCGACGUGAACGGAGGCGGCGGGAGCCGGUCUGAACUGGUCAUCACCUGGGAGCCUGUCCCUGAAGAACUGCAGAACGGCGAGAGCUUUGGUUACAUCAUCGCCUUCCGCGCCUUCGGGGACGUCUCGUGGACGCACGUGGCCACCUCCGUACCCGGCGCCGCGCGCUACGUCUACCGCAACGACAGCAUCGCGCCCUUCUCGCCGUUCCACGUCAAGGUCGGGACGUACAACAUCAAGGGCCAGGGCCCCUUCAGCCCCGUCGCGACCAUCUACUCGGCUGAGACAGAGCCCAGCAGCAUGCCCGUGGGGGUCUGGGCCAGAAGUGUCUCCGCCGCUGAGAUCGAAGUCAACUGGCAGACGGUGUCGUUCCACGCAGAAAGAGUUCUGGGCUACGAGGUGGUGUACUGGGAGGACGACACCAAACCCGAGACCAUGGGCAAGGUGCGGGUCCCCGGGAACCAGACCUCGGUGACGGUGGGCGGGUUGGAGGGCAGCACGCAGUACUUCCUGACCGUCAGCGCCUUCAACACGGCCGGCACCGGGCCCUUCCUGUCCGCCAUCAACGCCACCACCAAGAAGCCCACCCCGGCCCAGCCCCCUCUGAACAUCGAGUGGACUCUGAUUGGUCCUCUGCUGUCCCUCUACUGGGAGCCCGUGGUGGCCAUGGACCUGGAGUCUGAGGUCACCGGUUACCAGGUUUCCUACAGGAGUCAGAAGCACAAGGAGGUGACCACGCUGAUGACGGUGGGCGCCGCGGCCGAGCUGACGCUGCUGGAGGAUGACGUCUACGUCAUCCACAUCCGGGCGCUCAGCGGGGGGGGGCUGGGCCCGCCCUCUGAGCCCCUCCACAUCCACCAGAUCAGUAUGAGCGCGCGUGGCUCCGGAUCGUGGAGCUCAGACCUCUCCCCGCUGGCUCUGGUCCUGGGUGUCACCGCCUCCACCCUGGGCUCCGCCUCAUGA